UCUAGCUGCGGGGCCCUCGCGAGGGUGAUGGAUUUUGAGAAUCUUUUCUCCAAACCCCCCAACCCGGCCCUGGGUAAAAAACCGACCACGGACUUUGAUGAAAGAAUCGAUGAUGGAAUAGAUGAUACAGAAGUUGAAGAAACACAAGAAGAAAAAAUAAAAUGGGAAGUAAAACUGGAAUGUGAGCAAAUACCCAAAAAAUUUAGGCACUUUGGGAAUUCUACAACAUCACCGAAGAAUUUGCAAUAUAGAAAAUCAAGAAGUAAGGACUAUGAUGUAUAUAGUGAUAAUGAUAUCUGCAGUCAGGAAUCAGAAGAUAAUUUUGCUAAAGAGCUUCAGCAGUAUAUACAAGCUAAAGAAAUGGCAAAUGCUGCUCAAUCCUUACCAUUUCCUGAAGAAUCAGUGAAGAAAGAGGGAGUGAAGGAUACCCAAAAAGCUGUUAAACAAAAAAAUAAAAAACUUAAAGCUGUUCAGAAAAAUGGUAAACAGAAGAAAAUGAAGCGAAAAUGGGCUGGCACCGGACAGAAAGGAUCGAACGCUUCACUGCGGAACAGUGGCUCGCAGGAACAGGGUGAUAAACCUAAAGAGAAGCAGCAGCGUGUGAGAAUGAGUCAGGGAUUCAUCAACCAACAUACAGUGGAACGCAAGGGGAAACAAAUUUGUAAAUAUUUUCUUGAAAGGAAAUGUAUUAAGGGAGACCAGUGUAAAUUUGAUCAUGAUGCAGAGAUAGAGAAGAAAAAGGAAAUGUGUAAAUUUUAUGUACAAGGAUAUUGUACCAGAGGUGAAAACUGUCUGUAUUUGCAUAAUGAAUAUCCUUGCAAGUUUUACCAUACAGGAACAAAAUGUUAUCAGGGUGAAUAUUGCAAGUUUUCACAUUCUCCACUGACUCCUGAUACACAAGAAUUGUUGGCCAAAGUUUUGGAUACUGAAAAGAAGUCAUCAUGAAAAUAAAAGGCAUAAAAAAGUUUUGUAUAGAUGAAGAAUGCUUAUGCCUACGCCUGUUCAAGACUGUUGAUUUGGAGUGGUUUACAAGAGUCCUCAUUUAAAGCGCCCUCUUGUGUCAUUAUGAUGUUGUGCAUCUUCUUUAAUGGAUGGUGCGGAGGGGACAGAAUCUAGUGUACAA